UCGAGCGAGGCUGGAGGCGACGCUCGGGCUGCGUCGGACGCGUUGAAGUGUUUCGCUCGUCUUUUACUCUCGUCUGGAGUCGCUUCUUCGGUGCUGCUCCCGCCCGGUGUCUGCGAGCGACGCCACGGACCUCCGCGAAGUUUGGACCGCGCGCUCGACUCCUGCGGUCAAAGAUGUCGGUGAGCAACCAUGAGAAUCGGAAAUCAAGAUCGAGUUCUGGGUCCAUGAACAUCCAUCUGUUCCAUAAGGCGUCGCAUGCGGACAGCCUGCUGACCCAGCUGAAUCUGCUGCGCAAGCGGCGGGUCUUGACAGAUGUGGUGCUGCGGGCGGGGAACCGGGCCUUUCCCUGCCACCGGGCCGUGCUGGCCUCCUGCAGCCGUUACUUCGAAGCUAUGUUCAGCGGGGGCUUGAAGGAGAGCCAGGAUAAAGAGGUCAACUUCAAUGAUUCGCUGCACCCUGAGGUGCUGGAGCUCCUGCUGGACUAUGCCUACUCGGCCCGGGUAAUCAUCAAUGAGGAGAAUGCCGAGUCCCUCCUGGAGGCUGGAGACAUGCUCCAGUUCCAUGACAUCCGGGACGCAUCUGCUGAGUUCUUGGAAAAGAACUUGCAUCCAUCCAACUGCCUAGGAAUGAUGCUGCUUUCUGACGCCCACCAGUGCGAGCGUCUGUAUGAGCUCUCCUGGAGGAUGUGCUUGGCUAACUUUGCGUCCAUUUUCCGGACAGAGGACUUCCUAAACCUUCCCAAAGACAAGGUCCAGGCGCUCAUUUUCAGCGAGGAGCUUGAGGUAGAAGAUGAGAGUCUGGUGUAUGAAGCUGUCAUUGAUUGGGUGAAGGCCGACAUGGAGAGGAGGUAUAAUGACCUGCCUGAGCUGCUGCGGUUUGUACGUCUUGCCUUGCUCCCAGAGUCAUACUUACUGAAGAAUGUCGCUUCUGAGGAGCUGGUCAUGGGACAGAAACUGGGUCGAGAGAUCGUGGACGAUGCUGUCCGUUGCAAGAUGAAGAUCCUUCAGAACGACGGUGUCGUUACGGGCUUCUGUGCCCGACCCAGGAAGGUCAGCCAAGCGCUGCUGCUCCUGGGCGGCCAGACCUUCAUGUGUGAUAAGGUCUACAUGAUAGACCACAAGACAAAGGAGAUCGCGCCCAAAACCGACAUCCCAAGUCCGCGGAAAGAGUGCAGCGCUUGCGCCAUCGGCUGCAAGGUUUACGUCACCGGGGGGCGCGGCUCAGAGAACGGAGCCUCCAAGGACGUGUGGGUUUACGACACUCUUCACGAUGAGUGGUCGAAGGCUGCCCCCAUGUUGGUGGCCAGAUUUGGUCAUGGCUCAGCUGAGCUCGACCAUGCCUUGUACGUUGUUGGCGGCCACACCUCUCUGGCCGGGUCGUUCCCGGCUUCCCCGUCGGUGUCUCUCAAACAAGUGGAACAGUACGACCCGCACACCAACAAGUGGACCUUGGUUGCCCCUCUCAGGGAAGGCGUGAGCAACGCCGCUGUCGUCGGGGCCAAGAACAAGCUGUUUGCGUUUGGUGGCACCAGUGUCAACCGGGACAAGUAUCCUAAGGUCCAGUGCUUCGACCCUUGCCUAAACAGGUGGACGGUACCCGCCGUGUGCCCCCAGCUGUGGCGCUAUACGGCUGCCGCCGUGGUGGGCAAUCACGUGGUCGUGAUCGGCGGCGACACGGAGUUCUCCGCCAGUUCGGCGUACCGCUUCAACAGCGAGACUUAUCAGUGGUCCAGGUUUGGAGAUGUCACUGCCAGAAGGAUAAGCUGUCAUGCUGUUGCAUCGGGGAACCGGCUGUAUGUGGUGGGGGGCUACUUCGGGGCCCAGCGGUGUAAGACUCUGGACUGCUAUGACCCUUCCGCAGACACGUGGGACAGUGUCACCAGCGUGCCGUAUUCCCUCAUUCCUACUGCCUUCGUCAGCACUUGGAAGUAUCUUUCCUCAUAGCGAUUGGGAGAUGGCGUUAAGUUGAUCACCAGUGCUGCCUGGAAUGCGGGUGCGAAUCCCCCUCGCUGGCUGAGGAAUGUUGGUCGUGGGGGGAUCGAGGAAACGCGCAUUCUUUUUCGGAGUCGCAUCGGUGAAGGGGGUCGGUGGGAACUAAAGCCCCGGAACAGUCUCAUUUCUCCCUCCAAGUCUGCUUGCCGUAACACGUGGACAAUCGACGUCCAGGACCGCGCCUCCCGAAGGCCGAGCCGGCGCACCGGCCGCUCUCGGAAGCAGCGAAGCCGAAGAAAAGAAACGGAAGCAGAUGAAAACAGGCAUUUUGUUGCGUCCGUGACGCUUGUCGAUGGCGUCUCCAGACGGCGCAGAGCCCGGAGCGUUCCGGCCAAGUGGGUGCAGACUGCGUGGAACCUGCUGAAGGGCGGCCUUGGCCUCGCUUGACAACUGCACACACGCAUCUGUAGGAGGUACUUUGCUGGGUCAUCUUCUUGGGCUCCUGCCCUCGGACUGGUCGUUGCAGUCGGCCCUUGAACUUGAGCUCCUUCUCUUACCUCCCCAAGCUUCAGUUGGCCGAGUAAAAAAUGCUCUUGGCCAGUUGUUCCUGCGAAUGUGGCUAAUGGUUUGCGCGCCAGUAUUUUCUGCAGACUUUUUGUUCCGUUGCGACGGGUCUGUCCGAGGUCUACGCUUCUUCUAAACGCUCUUCCUGUUCGACUGGAGGGAAGACGGAGACUCGCGUCCUGCAGUUAUGUAAAGGGAGCCACUUUUCAGCAAGCGCACACUUGUGUCGAGAACUAACUGUGUAAAAGUGGUAUUUAUAGUGCUGGACUCAAAAUGCCCUCAAUUUCGGCUGUGGAAAUGCAUACCUUCCAUGCGCGCGCAAAUUGCUAUGCAGAGAAUGUUUGCGACUCACGAACGAAGACGUGCUUUUGCAGUAAAACAUUAGCACGUGUCAUCUCAGGGUUUCUUUGUCUGCUAUACGCUUAGCACUCGGCUCCACCGCUCUGCACGUCGCCGUGCGCUUCCAAAAGGCCUCGCCGCUCGCUCCUACUGCAAAUGCUUGGUAUCGCUCAAAGAAGGCUGGACAAGGGAGAGCGGAAGAGAGAAAUGUGCUCGCCGAAUAGCGGGCCUAGCUGCGUAUCGGUGCACUGUACGUAAAGCAUCAGACGUAUUUAGUGCGUGUUCCGUGUUUGUGUCCGUUUCUGACGAAUGUGGAGGAAAUUGAACUACUCGUCUCCUCGUACCCUGUUGAUACCCUAAAUUACAUAAUUACAUUUUUUUUAAGGUUAAUUUCACGUUACUGAAAAGUAACUAUCGUUUUGCACAUGACUUGCAACGUUUAACUUUGUGUCAGUUUGUAAAAUUUCGCUUGUUCUCCUGCGAAUGGUGUGAACGAUGCUGCGGACGCGUGGAAAAGUGUUCUUGUUGCGCGGUGCGAGCUGCCAAGAGGGUGACGGCACACGGCGGAGGGCCGCAGCGGCUCAACGAACUCCAACGUUACUCCGUUUGUUGUUCGAGUGCUUCUGCAGUCAUCCUUACAGAAGUGUUUUCUGAGAACUUACUUUUCAUGUAAUUAUUAAACACCUUUUCUUUCUUCUCACAAGAAAGUGCUUUUUAUUUAUGGAAAUGUGAAAAGGUGCAAUCCCGUGCCGCUUCCUGAAAACAUGAGAAGACGAUGCAGAACUACGACUCUGGACAAUCCAGAUGUUUCGAUACGGUUGUGAAAUGAUCCCUCGUGCAACAUGUACCCUGGUAAUAAAGGGUGGGAUGCACAAUGUCAAUUCCAUGCUUAAGUGCAAAAUUGGAUCUCAGAGAAACAAAUGUCUCUGCACUGUAUACCAAAGCAGUUUUUGCCAUUUCUAGAAGGGCCAUCAGCUUGUAAGUGACAGGUUCUGUACCACAGCCAGUCAGUCGGUCCACUGAAAUUAUAAUACUGUGGUGAAAAAUGUCAACAGAUGUCCUUUAUUAACCCAAAAUGAAAGGCCUGCUGUGGUGAGGCUUUGGAAGCUUUCUGUGCUGCCAAGAUCCUAGAUCCCAUUUAAAACCUCUAUGAACCUAUAACGAAUUGCGCCGUGUAACUUUAACACCUUUGUUCCCGACAUCCAGUUCCUUGCAAACGACGCCCAGUAACCAAAACAAGCAUGCUGACGAAAGAGUAGUCCCACCCACAUGACCGCUCUACUUGACUUUUUUUCAUCUUUUUGUUGUGGCGAGUGCAAAAUUUGCCUCCGGCCAAAAUCGAUCCUAUCUAGAGGCAAAUUUGAUCUUUUUCAAGUACAGUCAUACGCCACUUAUAUGACGGUGGUCCCAUAAGAUUAUAACGGAGCUGAAAAAUUCUUAUCGACUAGCGACGUUGUAGUGCAGUGUGUUACAUGUUCAUGGUGUUGCUGAUGUAAACAAACCUACUGCGCUGCCAGUCAUAUAAAAGUAUAGCACAUACAAUUAUGUACAGUGCAUA